GAUAUACAGCGGAGAUGAAUUUGACAAUUCAAGGAUGGGAAAAUCGUAGUCACAAAGGGUUUCUUUCGUUGCAUUUUCUUUGCUUCGAUCGCAGAAAUGACACGCUGGUGCCCUACCGAUGGCAGGACUAAGUAUGGCGUAGCCAUCUGUAACUUCAAGUCCAGGGACCAGCACUGCCUGACGCUCAGUGUGGGGGAUACAGUUCACAUCUUAGAGCAGUCUGACGAUUGGUUCAGAGGUUACUGUUUUCGAAACAAAGCCCUAAAAGGCAUUUUCCCAAGAUGUUACAUCCAUAUAAAAGAAGCUUCAGUGACUGUGGAAAGCUCCCAGGAAUGUAUCCACCCAAAAGAACCGCCCAUUGUCCAGGAGAUCAGCUCGGUGCUCAGAGAAUGGAGCUCCAUGUGGAAACAGCUCUUCGUGGUACGAAGAAAAAAAGAUUUCGAAAAAAUUCGAGAUAUGAUGCACAGUUUGAUCAACUCAAGGCGGCUAAUUCUGUCUAGGAAACUUACAAAUGAAGAGGUGCGGGAUCUACAACAGAAAGUGACAACAGAGAUUGACUUGGGCAAUGUGCUGUUAGAGCUGGAUUUGGUUGUGAGAGAUGACAAAUCAAACAUAUUGGAUCCAGAAAAGUCUAGUGCCAUAGAAGUAUACAGACAGCAUGUUGAGGCGACAGAGCGUGUACAAACAGAGAGGGUAAGUGAUGAACAGGACUUUGAGGAGGAAACUGUACAAAAGUCAAGAACAGAGUCCGAGUCCGAACAGAAGAUAGUAUGGCGGUCAACGUACAAUCUGUAUGUAACGGUGCGGAACUUUGUCUGUCGAGUGGGGGAGGAGUCAGAACUGCUGAUGACCCUGUAUGAUGUCAAGCAAAGCAAAUUCAUCAGUGAGAACUAUGUUGUGAGAUGGGGUACCAAGGGAAUGCCUAAAGACUUGGAUAAACUCAACAAUCUGAGGGUACUCUUCACAGAUCUGGGUCCAAAAGAUCGUCUCAGGGAGAAAGUGUAUUUGGUUUGUCAAGUUAUCAGAUUAGGUGUGAUGGAUCCAAAAGAUAUUGAAAACAAAAAACUAACUCAGGGCUUACGCCGACCCUUUGGAGUGGCAGCUAUGGAUGUUACAAGCUAUAUACAAGGGGCUGAAGACACAGAUGAAGAUAAGCAGCAUUUCAUUCCAUUCUUUCAAUGUGGGGAGAAGGAAUCUCUAGAGGGAGUCAUCAAAAAGGUGCUUGGCGGGAAAGAGGUCAACCAUAAAGGUCAAGGCCUCUGGGUAUCCAUGGAGAUUCUCCAAGGAGAUAUUAAACAGGUGCGAGAGGAGAAUCCCCAGCUGUUUUUGGGGUCCACCGCUGUGGCAAGGAAGAUGGGCUUCCCAGAAGUUAUCAUGCCAGGGGAUGUGCGGAAUGACAUCUAUGUGACUUUGCUGGGAGGAGAGUUCAACAAAUACUCUAAAACCUCAGAUAAAAAUGUGGAAGUGACAAUGCAUGUAUGCAACCACAAGGGGGAGAUUUUAGAGAAUGUGAUUAGCCUGGGUGCUGGGGAACGUCUCAUUUCUGAGUACAAAUCUGUUAUAUAUUACCAUGAAGACAAACCCAGGUGGCACGAAACAGUGAAGGUUGCUAUCUCAAUUGAAGAGGAGUUUAGAGGGUUACAUUUAAAGUUUAUGUAUAAACACCGCUCCUCAACGGAAGCCAAAGAUAGACAGGAGAAGGUGUUUGGAAUGUCAUUUGUGAAACUGAUGAAUGAGAACGGCACCACACUAGGAGACACAGACCAUGAGAUACUGGUCUACAAGAUUGAAGCCAAGAAACUGGACCCGUCCAAAUACCUGGAUUUACCCACGACCCGGGAUGACCUAGAGAACCGGGGCUACCUGCAGAGUGGGAGUGGCAAGUUGGUGGUCCAGGGUGGUGGCUUAACGCUCAGCCUCAGAGACAGUAUCCAGAUAUCCAGUCUUGUCUGCUCCACUAAACUUACACACAACGUUGACUUACUUGGGCUGCUAAAAUGGCAAGAGAUCAUUAACCACAAGAAGUUGUUGAAAUCUCACCUGGACUCCAUCAUGAAGGUGGAUGGAGAGGAAAUAGUCAAGUUUCUGCAGGAUUUACUGGAUUCUUUGUUUAGUAUUAUGAUGCAGACAACAAGUGAAGCGUUUGAUAAUCUAGUCUUUGAUGGCCUAGUGCACAUUAUUGCCUUGAUCUCAGAUAGAAAGUAUCAUCAGUUUAGACGAGUGCUAGAUGCCUAUAUAGAGACAAACUUCAGCUUUGCCAUGGCUUACAACAAAUUGUUAGUGAUUUUUAAGUUCUACAUUGACAAUGCCAAUGAGAAGGCCCAGCAGGACUCCCUGUUGAAGGCCAUGAAGUCUAUAGAGUACAUCAUCAAAUUCAUCAUCAGGUCCAGACUGCUGUUCUCUGCAAUUAAUGAGGGUCGAGGAAAGCAGCAGUUUGAGAUUUCCAUGAAGCAGCUGUUACAGUCCAUCAAUGGGAUGAUGUUGUUUAAAGAAGACAACACCCUUCUGGUUCAGGGAGCUGCCCUAAAGUACAUGUGCUCCACUGUUUCUCUGGUCAUGACAGUCUUUGACCCUUUAGAACUAAGCCACUUGUUGGUAGACUUCAUCGAUAAUGUGUUGGUAGACUUCAUCGAUAAUGUGCCAAGAGAUCGUUUGACACACCAGAAGAUGACGUGUGUGGAUGACCUAGUGCACACAGAGCUGUUCAAACUAGCAGAUUGCCGUGCCGUACUGUUACCAAAGAUGUUACAGAUGACCAAGGAGCUUAUGGAGCGUGACGAGGAGAGUGAGCUGUGUGCCAGGAUCCUCAGUGAUAUUAUGCACCACUUACAUUCCCCACAGACGUCUCCCCAUGAUAGUGACAUAGAGAUUGUCAUGCUGCAGAUUUUACGGACAGUUAUACAGACUGUGAUAGCAACCGACAGGUGCUCUUCAUUGACCGGUCAUUACGUGGCCAUUAUGAUCAGCAUUCUGCGUCAGAUGACAGAGUCACACUACAACACCUACGUCAACAACUUCGCCACUCAAAUAGACCUGCUGGAUUUUCUCAUAGAAAUCCUGAUGCUGUUCCAAGACCUGGUGGGGAAGGAUGGUGUGUACAAGUCAGACUGGAGGGAGAUGACGCUGCUGCAAAACAGUGUGAUUCUGAAGUCGCUGCGACUGUUUGCUGCAACUAUAAAGGAGAAGUUUUUUAGUCCGUUUGAACAACAGAGAACGUCUGGUGGCUACCGUAGUCCAGAAAUGCAGCUGUGGAGUAACUUUUUUCAUUGUGCAAUAUCAUUCCUGACUCAAGAAGCUCUUCAGCUGGAGAAUUUCUCUUCCAGUAAACGACAGAAAAUCAUUUCCAGGUAUAAGGACAUGAGGAGAGAAAUGGGGUUUGAGAUCAGAGCAAUGUGGUUUAGUCUAGGUCCUAACAGAAUAUUGUUUAUCCCAGAGAUGGUCGGUCCAUUCCUGGAGAUGACUCUCAUUCCAGAAAUAGAGUUGAGAAAGGCCACCAUUCCAAUGUUUUUUGACAUGAUGCACGUAGAGUUUACCCAGCCAGUUCCAAACUCCAAUAGACUACAGGGUAACUUCCACCAGGUUGAGAAUGAAGUUAUCACCCAGUUAGAUGCCCUUGUUGAGGGGGGUAGAGGUGACCAGCAGUACAUGGAGCUCGUCUAUGAUAUACUGCACAUGUUAUGCGAGAAGCACACAGACAUCAAGGAGCUGAGGGAACAAGGACUCGCCUUUGUAGAGAUGAUUAAGAACCUGUUACAGAGGCUGAUGGAGUACAGGCACAUCAUCCUUGAUGAGAACAAAGAACACAGGAUGAGCUGUAUUGUCAACUUGCUGAAUUUUUACCACAACAUUGGGCGUCAGCAGAUGUACAUUCGUUACCUUAACAAGUUGUGUGACCUUCACCUGAGCUGUGACAACUACACAGAGGCUGCCUUCACACUGAUGCUCUACUCCAAGUUGCUUCAGUGGACAGAAGAGCCUCUUCAUCCGAUGCUGAUCAGUAAGAAGUACCCAAGCAUCACCUGUAACCAGGCCCUCAAGGAACAACUCUACUAUGACAUGAUUGAUUUCUUUGAUAAGGGAAAGAUGUUUGAGAAAGGUAUAGAGAUGUGUAAGGAACUGGUCAAGCUAUACGAGACUGAACAGUUUGAUUAUCAGAAACUGAGCGAUGUCCUGAGGAAACAGGCUGGGUUUUAUGACUGUAUACUGAGGCAGAUGAGGCCUGACCCAGAGUACUUCAGAGUGGGCUACUACGGCAGGGGAUUCCCCUCAUUCCUACAGAAUAAAGUAUUUAUUUAUCGAGGGAAGGAGUACGAGAGACUGUCAGAUUUUAAUGCCAGGCUACAAAAUCUGUUCCCAAAUGCACAGCUGAUGAGGACUCUGUCAGCCCCCGGUGAGGAUAUUCUCCAGUCACCAAAUCAGUACCUUCAAAUCAAUGCCGUCUCUCCCAUAAUGCAAGACAAGGAGAGAUUUGCCAACAAGAAAGUCAGUGAACAGAUCCUCAAGUAUUACACGGUGAAUGAUGUUCAGAAGUUCACAUACUCCAGGCCUAUACAGGAGGACAGUAAUGAUAUCACGACGCUGUACCUAGAGCGUACCAAUCUGCUGACAGAGUACCCAUUACCUGGCAUCCUCCGCUGGUUCCAGGUGACCAGCACAGAAACAUUCCAAGUGACACCUCUUGAAAAUGCAAUAGAAACCAUAGAUGGGAAAAACAAAGCCUUACAGUCCAUGUUGAGUCAGCACAAGGUGGACCCCAGCCUCAGGAUAGACCCCUUAGGGUUGACCCUUAACGGAGUGGUGGACCCCAGUGUCAAUGGGGGCAUCACCAAAUAUAAGGUGUUUUAUACAGAAGACUACCUCAAAAGAAAUGCCACAGAGAAAGACUUUGAGCUGGUGAUGAAAUUGAAAAGCACAACACUGCAACAGAUUAAACUGGUGCAGGAGGGGUUGAAACUUCACAGGAGGAAGGCUCCAGAGAGUCUAAGACCAUUCCAUAAUCACAUGGAGUCCCGCUUUAGAGAGCUCUGCAAGAUCCUGGAAAAAGACUAUGGGAUCCAUAUAUCUAAAGUCAAUGAAUCAGGCAAUGUAUCCUUGAAAAGAAAUCAAUCUAUGCCAUCAUCCACUUACAUCACCGGAACGGUAACGCGGCACUCUGAUAUCGGGGUUCAAAGUGUACCAGGAACACCAGAGAACAUCUCCAUGCUGAACAAGACUCCGCCUUCAUCCGGGCGUGUCCAGUCCGUGUGGGUGAAACCAGAUCCUCAACGGUCCCCAGCCAAAGGCUCGCUCAUCCCGACAAAGGUUGGCAAUAUCAUCCGACGUGCCUCGCAUGUAUCUGACAGCUUACGGGGUUCAGGCGCACUAACUGAACAGCCCAUAGAGCUGAGUCAACAGCUGACCCCCAAGAGACCCCCACGACCGGAAAACGACAAGCGUGGGAGUAGGGGGAGUGCCCACUUCCGGGAUCAGCCGCUUUCUCUCCUCAACAACAUGAACAGUAGCUCCACCAGCCUGGCCUCGAGUGCAUCCAACGCCUCCACAACCACAGUAUCCGACUUUGAGGAGACAGAGAUUGUUGAGGAACCGCCCCCUCUGCCAGAAAAAGCCUCAUAUGCAGACUACACAAAUGUAUCUUCUGAGAUUCCCCCUAUACCACAACGAAUUUCACCUCUCCGCCCCAACCAGAAGAAAGACAAGACCAUAAUGCGUAAAAAGUCUCACUAAGGCUCCUCCACCGCUGCCUGUUCAGGAGGAGGAAGAGAACGGACCUCCCGCUCUCCCACAGAAAACCAUCCACUAGUCAACGAGGUAGUCAGAAAACCUCAUCUCAUACACUCCCACGUCAUGAAAACUUUGCCUGUGUCGUCGUCAAUGCUGCUUAUGCUGUUGUUGUUGUUGUGAGCCGUCAGUGCCUUCUGUAGCGUGCUGUAGUCCCGCUUCAGUUGUACAGUGGACACAUGACUCUUUGUGAAUUGUGGCGUGAUGGUUGUAAAAUGAUGGCACAGAGAGCAGCAGAUUGUUACAGGCACGUUUGUAUUACACUCACCAUUUACUAGUAACUCCGCAGAAGCAGAAUUUUUACCCAGGAACUUGUUUUAAUACCUUUCUUGGGUAUCAAAGACAAGUGAAUAUCAAGUCAUAAAAUUAAGGAAUGCAUUUCAUUUCUUGAUCCUAAAAUCACUUGAAAAAAGUUGUGACAGAUGAAUGUUGUGGUUGCAGAGAAAGUUUCAAGAUGGCUGACUUGUUCAGAUCAAUGUUAAAUGGCCUCUCCUGUGCAUCACAGAAAGUCACAUAUUGGUUGUUCUAAAGGUUGUAAGACAAAAAGAUUUCUUGUUGGUGAAGACAUAUAAUACUCCUCUUCAGUGCUUUAUAUUUAGAACAAAACUAUUUUUGGAAUUUAAGUCAUUUUCUUUUUAAUGAGGUGGAAACCACUAAGCACUUGUAAUGCUCAAAAAUUGAUCUGGCCUUGCCAAAAUUAGUGAAAACUACCUACUGGGUUGUGCUAUUGUCUACACAAUAUGUUAUUAAAGAGAAGAAUUAAAUAAGUUUAAUUUUAUAUCAUCUGUUUUUAUGUCAAAAUUAUUAAAAAUGAUGCAAAGCCAGUGCUUGUUGAGUCAUAAACAGGACACAAGAGUACCGAGACUGGUCUUAACUUCACCCUCACUACGUACAUAGUUAAAUCUUAUUUGUCUGUGUGAAAUUUUCAGUGCUGAAUAGAAUUCUUUGUAUAAAUGUUUUUAGCCUGUGUGAAGUAUAUCGGCAAUUUCCUAAUGAUGAAGAUAGGCAGUGUGCUCUGUUUCAUUGCCUUUGAAUUCAGUCCAAGGAUAUUUUACCUUCUGAUAUGAGUGAACUAGGAUCUGAGAAAUUCGGUUGGAAUAAGUUUUGUAAUACAAUUUUUGUAAAGUCUAAGAAAGUUGAAGUCAUUUUGAGUUACUAUUAUAGAAUCUAUCAAUGAAUCCUAUCCAACUGAAAGAUUGAAUUCUGUGCAGUCUGAGUAUGGAAGGAUGACUUGAACAGAACAAGUUUCUUAAUCUGAGUAAAAAACAGCUCUAUCCAGUAAAGCCUAUUAAAUUUGUCUUUUUAAAGAGGAGAUUCUAUUCAGCCUUAACUAAUAGAACUGUAUUUAAUAGUUGUGCUAAGAUGACUGUUAUCUUAUUCUUUGUGGUAAAUGUCACUUGUGUUCCUGACCCUUGUGAACACGAGUUUUUAUACAUGUGUAUAGUAAUGCUAUGGCUAUGGAGUUAUUUAGAGUUUUACCUGUUGUAGUGUGGUUAAUAGGCUACUGUGUUCCAGUGGAAUAUACAUGUAUCAGGCAUUUUGCCGGCAUCUAAUUCUUAAAUUAAAUAUGAUGCAUAUAAAUAGGGCUUUAUCUAUAAAAGCCUUGGUCAUCUAAGGGAAGUGUAAACACAUCAGUUUUUUAUAGAAAAAGGGCAGGAUGUAUGGACUACCUGUUUUUUUUUGGUAAUUGGAUCACAUUGCUCUGACAUAGAUAUAAUCACUGUUGCAUGUAUUAAAUGGAGUUAAAGGAGAGGAUUACAUGGAGAAAGAACAGGUUUUGAAUUGAGAUUUUAUUCAUGAAAAUUUGUAAUAAAGUUGUGUGACACCUGGCUGGCUAGUGUUGUAAAGUUGUGUGGCACCUGGCUUGCUGGUGUUGUAAAGUUGUGUGAC